AUGAGCGGUGACAACAACAGCGGUGGUGAGAGGCGCAGAGGCACCGUCAAGUGGUUUGACACCCAGAAGGGCUUCGGCUUCAUCACUCCCGACGACAACAGCGACGAUCUCUUCGUUCACCAGUCCUCCAUCAGAUCUGAGGGUUUCCGCAGCCUCGCUGCCGAGGAAUCUGUCGAGUUCGAGGUCGAGACCGACAACAAUGGCCGUCCCAAGGCCAUCGAGGUUUCUGGACCCGAUGGCGCUCCCGUCCAAGGAAACAGCGGUGGUCCAUCUGGCGGACGCGGAGGCUUUGGUGGCGGUAGCGGAAGAGGUGGAGGUCGCGGAUCUGGUGGUGGAUUUGGCGCCGGUGGAUACGGAGGAAGAGGUGGGGGCGGUGGCCGAGGAGGAAGCGACUGCUACAAGUGCGGUGAGCCCGGUCACAUAGCCAGAGACUGUUCCGAAGGCGGUGGAGGAUACGGAGGAGGUGGUGGUGGCUACGGAGGAGGUGGCGGAGGCUACGGUGGAGACAGAGGAGGAGGUGCCAGGUACGGCGGAGGUGGCGGCGGAGGUGGUAGCGGGUUAAGCUGCUACAGCUGUGGUGAGUCGGGACAUUUCGCCAGGGACUGCACCAGCGGUGGACGUUGA